CGGUGGCGGUGCAGCCCCCGCAGCGGGGUGCGGGUCACGUGCGAGGAGGGGCGAAAGUCUCGCAAACGGGGCGGCGUGAGCCGAGUUGGGAGUUCUCGGCGCCGCGGGCGGCGGGAGCGCGGGCUCCCGGGCGAGCCGGGGACGCAGCGGCGGUGGGGCCGGGGUCCGAGACGGCGGGGCGCGCCGAGAGCGCGAGGGAGAGAAGGACGAAGGACAGAGACGGGGCGGGAGACGGGCUGAGACGCGCAGGGGAGAGACGCCGGGCAGAGAGGGGGCGGCAGGGGCGAGGCUGGGAGGACGGCGGGACGGAGACAGACCCGCAGGGAGAGACGGCGAGAGCGCGGGAGACAGAGAGACCUGGGCCGGAGGGGGACGGGGACCUAGAGGGGCGGAGACGGGGCCCGGCCGUCCGCCCCGGAGGUCUCGGGCGGGAGGCGAGCGCAGCGGGGCCGGGAGUGAGGCGCAGGGCGGGGGGCCGCCCGAGAGCAGCGCGGGGAAGGCGCUGCGGGGGGCGGGGGGCGACCGGCGGCGGGAGCCAUGGGCCCUCGGAGCCCGCGCUGAGCCCUGCCCGGGCCCCGCGAUGCUGACGCCCAGGAGGCGCAGAGGGCGCGGCGCGGGGCAGCGCUGAAAGUUGGCGGCGCGCGGAGCCGGACGCGCGGAGGUUCGCGGACAGAGCCCCCCGACAGCCGGGGAGGGGCCGGGGCCGGCCGCCGGGUUCGCGGGGAGAGGGCGCCGGGACUCCCCUCUCCCCGCCGGGACGCCGCCCGCCCGCGCCGUGGGAUGUAGAGCCGGCGCGCAGCCUCGCGGACGCCAUCGGACCUCGGCCCGCGGCCCCGUGUCUUCCCCGGUGACCUCGCCUGCCUCGGGACAUGCUCGGGCACAACCGCAACGGGCAGCCCCACGCGCCCCGGCGGAAACGCCGCAACCGCUUCGUCAAGAAGAACGGCCAAUGCAACGUCUACUUCGCCAACCUGAGCAACAAGUCGCAGCGCUACAUGGCGGACAUCUUCACCACCUGCGUGGACACGCGCUGGCGCUACAUGCUCAUGAUCUUCUCCGCGGCCUUCCUCGUCUCCUGGCUCUUCUUCGGCCUCCUCUUCUGGUGCAUCGCCUUCUUCCACGGCGACCUGGAGGCCGGCCCCGUGGCGGCCCCGGCGGGCGGCGGCGGGGCGGCGCCGGCGCCCCCCAAGCCCUGCAUCAUGCACGUGAACGGCUUCCUGGGCGCCUUCCUGUUCUCGGUGGAGACGCAGACGACCAUCGGCUAUGGCUUCCGGUGCGUGACGGAGGAGUGCCCGCUGGCCGUCAUCGCCGUGGUGGUCCAGUCCAUCGUGGGCUGCGUCAUCGACUCCUUCAUGAUCGGCACCAUCAUGGCCAAGAUGGCCCGGCCCAAGAAGCGGGCGCAGACGCUGCUGUUCAGCCACCACGCGGUCAUCUCGGUGCGCGACGGCAAGCUGUGCCUCAUGUGGCGCGUGGGCAACCUGCGCAAGAGCCACAUCGUGGAGGCCCACGUGCGGGCCCAGCUCAUUAAGCCCUACAUGACCCAGGAGGGCGAGUACCUGCCGCUGGACCAGCGGGACCUCAACGUGGGCUACGACGUCGGCCUGGACCGCAUCUUCCUGGUGUCGCCCAUCAUCAUCGUGCACGAGAUCGACGAGGACAGCCCGCUGUACGGCAUGGGCAAGGAGGAGCUGGAGUCCGAGGACUUCGAGAUCGUGGUCAUCCUGGAGGGCAUGGUGGAGGCCACCGCCAUGACCACCCAGGCCCGCAGCUCCUACCUGGCCAGCGAGAUCCUGUGGGGCCACCGCUUCGAGCCUGUGGUCUUCGAGGAGAAGAGCCACUACAAGGUGGACUACUCGCGCUUCCACAAGACCUACGAGGUGGCGGGCACGCCCUGCUGCUCCGCCCGGGAGCUGCAGGAGAGCAAGAUCACCGUGCUGCCCGCCCCGCCGCCCCCGCCCAGUGCCUUCUGCUACGAGAACGAGCUGGCCCUCAUGAGCCAGGAGGAGGAGGAGAUGGAGGAGGAGGCGGCCGCGGCCGCGGCGGCCGUGGCGGCGGGCCUGGGCCUGGAGGCGGGCUGCAAGGAGGAGGCGGGCAUCAUCCGGAUGCUGGAGUUCGGCAGCCACCUGGACCUGGAGCGCAUGCAGGCCACCCUCCCGCUGGACAGCAUCUCCUACCGCAGGGAGUCCGCCAUCUGACCUCCGCCCGCCCGCGCCGCCUCUGCUGGGGGUGAGGUGCCAGGACCCCCUCCGCACUCAGGACAGAGCUGGCCCUGGCUCCGUGGACCUUCACAGCUGGGGGACCCUUCCUACUGACUCUGGAACCCGGGCCUGGGCAGGGCCCCGGAACCCUGUGCCCUGGCGCUCGCGUUCCCCAGCGCCUGCCAGCUGGCGGUUCCGGGGCCCUGGACCCACCAUCCUUUCCCCACCGGCCCUUCCAGGACGCGCCCCCUUUGUCCUCAGAACCUUGGGGACCGCGGCUGGACGCUGGAGG